UGGCAGCACCUGUCUCAGAUUCAUCAAGUACUGAGCAAGUUCAACGAGCUCACCCUGUUCGUAUCAGAGCGAAAGCCACAGAUCAGCCUUACCGUCCCACUCUAUUAUGAGCUAUAUGAUUUACUCAAUGAGGGGUCUGAAGCUCAGGGAGUCUUUUCGGGAUUAAAUCGUGAUAUUACCCAAGCAAUCAAGGAAGGAAUAAAGAAAUACGAGAAAUACUACACCUUUAUAGAUGAAUUAGAUACCUACUACACUACUCUAAUUCUAGAUCCUCGGGUGAAAGGAGACCUAAUCCUUAAUAAAUUAGAGGAAAAUUUUUUUGUUAAAGCAAGGAACAUUUUUCUGCAAAACAGCCCACAACUUGGAAAUUAG